GAAUCUUAUAUUUUGGAAAGCUAUUCCCCCUUCAACUCCCCCCAGUUUGCCAAAUUCCAAAAGCACCAUGACUUCCAUCCCGGAAACGGUUCAGGUGGCGGUCCGCAUUCGCCCCCUCUCCCACUCGGAACACCGGCUGGGGUGCCAAUCCGUUACGGAGCAGGUCGACCGCGGCGAGCCGCAGAUUUGCGUCCGCAGCAGCGAGUUGUUCACGUUCACGCACGUGUUCGACGCCGGCAGCAGCCAGCGGGAGGUUUACGAGACCAGCGUCAAGUCGAUCGUGGACAAGCUGCUGGAGGGGUUCAACGUGACGAUUUUGGCUUACGGCCAGACGGGCUCCGGGAAGACCUUCACGAUGGGCACGUCGUUUGAGGGAAAGUACGACGACGGUAUUGGAAUCAUUCCGCGGACGUUGAACGACCUGUUUGACCAGAUUGGCGAGCAGAGCAGUGAGUUUCGGUGUGCGGUGACGUGUUCGUUCGUGGAGUUGUACCAGGAGAAUGUGUACGAUCUGCUGUCGUACAGGAACCGGUUCGAGAAGAUGGUCGGGAUCCGGGAGGACGCCAGUGGAGUGAUCAUUCCGGGGUUGACGGAGGUUCCGGUGAACAGUGCGGACGAAACGUUGCGGUGGUUGAUCCAGGGAGCCAGUGCGAGGGCGGUCGCAUCGACGUCGAUGAACAAGGAGUCGAAUCGGAGUCACACGAUCUUCACGUUGACGGUUAGGAAGAUCCGGAACAACCAGCUGGUGACUAUCUCCAAGAUGCAUUUGGUGGAUUUGGCGGGAUCGGAACGAUCCAAGAAGACACGUGCCGUUGGGGAUCGUCUUCGGGAGAGUAUACACAUCAACAAGGGUUUGCUGGCGCUGGGAAACGUGAUCGCAGCGCUCGGAUCCAUCAAGAAUACCAAAGGAUACAUCUCGUACCGGGACUCCAAGCUGACCCGACUGCUGCAGAACUCACUGGGAGGUAACUCGAUCACCCUGAUGAUCGCGUGCGUGUCCCCAGCGGACUACAACUUGGAAGAAACGUUAAGCACGCUGCGGUACGCUGAUCGUGCCCUCAAGAUCCGUAAUAAGCCGAUGAUCAACAACGGAGAACUAACCGCACGGGACGAGAUCGAGCGGUUGAAGGCGGAGAACCACGAGCUACGCACCACGCUGGAACAGUUCCAAACGGCUCCGGUGAUCGUGUCCAAGAACGAACGAUCCGUCCAAAAGCUGCAGGAACAGGUUCGAAAUACCAACGUGCAACUGCAAGCGGCAAACCGCAAGUUGACCAAGCUGGAACAGCGAGCCAUGCAGUCGGAGAACACGCUAGACCUCAUCUUCCGAUUUCUACCGAUUGAAAGCGCCGGAGACUUCAAGCAGAAGACCAACGAAGCGUUGCAUCGCUACCGGAAGGAGAGUGCACUGUGGAAUGCUUCGGAUAAUAAAAAUUAA